AUGGCUCCAAAGGCGAAAGGCGGCGCAGGACACAAGGCUGCCCAGGACUAUGUGUCAGGAUUGUGGCAGCAAGGACUGGAUGAGGCGACCGUGCGCCAGCAACUCCGAGAGGAUGGCUACAAGGCAGGAAGAAUUUCCCAACUGAUCAAAGCAACACGGCCUGCGCAAGGACAGGCGCGCCCUGUUGCGGCAGCCCCAAAGGCCAUGGCAAAGCCUGCCACUGCUGACCACGCGACAACUGCGAAGGCGAAGCCAUCAGCGUCGAGCGCGGCAGCGAGUCGAGAGGCCGGGGCUGUUUCCCUGACCGACGCGGAGGAGCCAGACGACGACAGCGAAGGCGAGGAGGAGUUCCAGGCAGACCCGGCAAUGGCAGACGGCGACAGCACAGAUGCGGAAUCGGAGAACAGCAACGAAGACUUGAAUGUCCAUCAUUUCCUCGUGGACUUGGAGGCCGAGUUGGAGAACAGAAGAGCAGACCUCGACCACUUGGACAGCAUGAGCUUGCCAGGGUCCCCGGAGGACGGGGAGCAAGCUGGCUCAGCAGACGAGCUGGAGGAAAGUUUGGUGGUGCCUGGUCCGGAGGAGGACAGCAGCGAUGAAGAAGAGGACGGUAGCGAUGGGCAAGAAGCAGAAGACGACGACGAAGAUGAUGAACCGGCACGGAAGCGGCCACGAGUCGAGCAGCAACAAAUCCCAGGCGCCAGGCGAUUGAGGUACAAGCAGCCGCCGCCGGCAGCCUACGUUCAGAUGGCAGCGGCCUCAACAAGGAAGGUGUUAAAGAGGCCUGCCAUGCGGAAGCGACCGGCUGCAAGCAAAGCGCCGGAUAGCAAGCGAUGCCAGGGACAGCAAGGUGCAGCGUGUCAGUUCUGCACCGUGUGUCCAGGAAAAGCGGCACGGGCGCAGCCAGCACGGGGCAUCCACCACUGCAUUUUCUGCAAGGCAGAGCGUAUGCGAGAAGCAUAUGCCACCAUGAGGGGGAAGCAAGAGAUCACAAAAGCCUUGCGCAAGUUUUACAACGCAGACCGCUCUGUUUACCACCUCGCACUGCAGCGGGUGAAGCAGUUCCUUGGCAACGCGGUUGCAGAGGAAUACCGCAAGAAGGCAGAGCCCAAGGAAGCCUGGGAACGACAUCUGCAACACAAAAAGCUGGCGGGCAAAGAGCUGAAAGACAAAGAAAGAAUGGAGUACGAGGCAUUGGUGCGCCGGGAUCAGCGGGUGCCCCGGCGAAAGUUCUUCUUCCCAGAGAAGCAGCUCGCCCGUGCAGGUGAAGAGGCUGAAGCAGCCGAGAGAGCCGCGGUCAAAGAAGCUUGUGGCGAGAUAGGGCACGUGGCCCCGAAUGAUUCUGAUUUGCCGCUGCCAACAGACCAGAAGGCCCAGAUGGUGGAAAAGUGGUGCAAGCACGGCUCUUGGGGCAUGUGUGAAAAGUGUCACAGCAUGUGCCCAAGAAAAUUGACACCCAUGGACCUCAAAAGGGUGAACAAGGCGACCGUCCCAAAGAACCAGUGCACAGCGUGCUUGCACGAUGAGUACGUGCCACAACCCGAACACAUCCCAGCGCCUCUUCGAGGUUUGAACGCACGGGUGCUGGAAGCAUUGCGGCCCUUGGAGAUUGAUAUCGGCUCCCUCGAAAGGGUGCCCAACGGCUAUAGGGUGCACAAUGCGAUGAUGGCCUUCGCUUGGAAGAUGCGCAGCGUGGAAACUGAGAUUGCAGCGUUGAGGAAGCGGAGGGACAGGAGGGCAGCAAAGGAAGCGUUCGAGUUUCUCCUGGGCAGCGAGGACAGCGCAUAUAAGGAGAUCCUCGAAGAGCAUCAGAAGUUCCUCAACAAGCAUGGCAGCCGCGCGCCUCUCCAGAAGCGCCGGCAUCCCCUGCGAUUCAUUGAGACGAAAGGUUUGGAAUGCUGCUUAUGGCCACACCUGUAUUGGCACCGCAAUCUGUGUGAAACCGUUGCCCGGGCAUCCCAUGAGAGCCGAAAAAGAGCCAGACCCCGGCAGAGACGUGCCGCAGACACAAGCAGCGAUCAAGAGGGCGCCAGCCCAGAAGACGCAGAGAACGAGGAAGCCAAGGAAGGCGAUGAAGAGGAGGACGAGGGCAACCAGGACUUUGUCGCCGAGGACGCCGCAGAAGCAGAACCUAACAUCGUGGCAGCAGAACAGGGCCGCAUCAGAAGAUGUUUUCUUCGCAAGGUCCUUUUUCCUGUGAUCGGGUACGGCGCAGAUUAUCUCUUGCUUUACUUUGUGUUCGACCUCUCCAUGUGGACCACGAUCGGCACGAAGAAAAACCUAGCGGCUCGCACCGGUGUGGCGCUCCGCCACAUGCUGAAAGGGUCGCCUUGGACAGCGCAAUAUUGGCGGGUGCGGCACCAGGCCGUGCUGGACAUGCAAAGACAAUGUGGAAAUGCCUCUCUUUUCCGCACAAGGGCCCCAUACGAAAGGUCUUUCCCAUAUCAUGAGUGGGUUAUGCAUGAGCAAGCAGCUCUGGGCCGCCCCCGGCAACAUUUGGCUGGAGCAGAGACGCUGCACAUGGCGCACGUUUUGAAGGAGUUGGAUAAGAGCUACAUCUGUGGGGACCAGGCGCACGCAGGUCGAUCGGAUCGCACGUGGACAGGCCAUGUGCUUGGCCCGGCAGACGAAGGCAGCAACAUCAGCACUGUGGUGGCCCACGUUACGCGCCUGGAGUUUCAAGACGGGAAAAGGAAACAGGCGAGCCAGCGAUACCAUGGCAGGGGCACUGUGCACAGUCAUUCCUUGGAUUUUCUCGAAAAUGUCGAGGCCAUCGGCCUGGAGAACAAAAUCCAAGAGCCAUCGGCCUGGGACCCCGAGGCAAGGGCUGUCGCCCUUCACCACACGGAGGAGGACAAAGCCGCGCACAUCCGAGCGUACAUGAAGCCGACCAUGGAGAUCACCAAAUGCCAUGAAGAUGUGGAGCAGGGCGGCGGCACAGACAGCCGUAACGGCGCAGUGCUGCACUAUAUUGCCACGUACGGCAUGAAGUUUAGCAGCAGCAUGGAUUCGGAGUGGCUGAGCGGAGAAGGGUCAGAUUACAGCACUGCCGUAGGUGUCCUGCGACGGAUCCGGCUUCUGGAGCCUGAGAUGUGGCUUAUUCUUGCAGCGGAGCGCUUCCCCCAAUGUGUAAUGAGCGGCAGCAUGUGCGACAUCAUGGCCCCGAACUUCGACAACAUGGAAAAGAAGCCAAAGUUCGUGGAGGUCUAUGAGGCGGCUGCCUGGCGCCGAGAUGACAUGAUACUGUUGGAAUUUCUGCGUAAGUCAAAUACCGACGGAAAGAUCAUUAACUACAUCGUGGAAAAGCACAAAAAACAGGUCAUGCAGGAGGUGCAGAGGCAGCGCCAAGAAGAUGAUCGUGCAUUCGCAAAGCAUCGGAAAGAGCUACUGAGCACCUGGGACCAACACAAGAAAGCAUGCAAACGCGAGGGAGAAGAGCCCGAUACGCUCAAUGAUUUCGCGGCCCAGGAGUACGGGUACGACGACCUUACCCCUUUGGAAGUCUUUGCAAACGAUUACAAAACCCGGGGGGAGAAGCUGAUUGCGGCCACCAUGAACUCCAUGUUGAACGACAAGUAUUAUGCACAAUGGCUUGCUUUGAACAAGCCCUUCCGCAAGCUCGAAGCCUUCCAGGAUGACGCGCCAGAAGUCAUGGAAAAAGUGAAUGCGAAGUAUCGGAACUUCGCGCUCUGCCUGCACCACGCCCCGGAGUUCUGGGACAACGAUGAAGUCAUUCAAGCGGCAAUGGAAUUGGAAGCCCACAGCAAAGCUUUCGUACAGACCAUCUUGAACAAGGUCCGGGCGCAGCGGUGCAUAGUCAAACGCUAUCUCGAAGGAGAGAUCCCGGUGGAGGCAGAGGUGCCAAGCCCCUCCGACUCGGCGGACAGCGCCGUGCGCGCGGACGGCCGUGUGCAAAAGCACAAGCUGACACGGUCGCAGAAACAUCUCAAGGAGAAGGUUGCGCAGCAGAUGAAGAUUGCAAUGGCUGCCUGCCAUACGCAAACGGAUGAGGAGUUGGAGGCGUGCAAUGCCAAGGCAGUGGAGCACAAGAUCCUGUUUGCAAGCGGUCCGCCGGGCACCGGAAAAACGCACGUCAUCCACGAGCAAGUCCGCAAAUGGAAGCGCCAAGGUGCCAGGAUCCUCUUCGCGCUCCCCACAGGACAGCUUGCGUCGGAAGUGCGAAGCGUGCAUCCAGAUGUCGACGUGGACACCUCCCACGGAGCUUUCCUGCUGCACAAACCACUUCAAGAAGCCAUGGCAAUCCUCACCCAGUACGAGAUGGUCAUCAUCGACGAGGUCUCCAUGCUGACAGCGGAACACUUUGAACGCAUCGUGGCAAUGUGGAAAUAUGCAGAUCAGCUUCCUUGUCUGAUUCUCUUGGGCGACUUUUGGCAGCUUCCGGUGGUUGACAAAGACGUACGGCGCUGUGAUGAAAGCCAGGCAUGGCCAACGCAGGUGAAAACCAUCCACUUCCGUGAGCAGGUGCGCUGCAAGUCCUCGAAGCUGCAGUACAAGCUCGAUGUCCUGCGGACGGCACAGCCGAGCAUGAAGCAGCUCAAGAAGAAAAUCUUGAGGGGGCACCGAGCGUGGAAGACGAACGAACCGACAGCCUACGACGUCCUGGACCUCUUCCGGGAGCACGGCACCACCACCAUUGUGACAUGCAGCCGGCAGGCCUGUGCCAGGGCAAACGCAUUAGCCCUGCAAGCAUUCUUCGAACAUCGGCACAAGGAACCCAUCGGCAACGUGCUCUUUGAUUACGAGGCCAACCUGGACAAUUACGAUCCGGCGACCAACAAGCUGAAGAAGGGCCGCUUGGUUGGAGCCGAGACGGAUGUCUAUGAAGGCAUGCGUAUCUUCUUGACCAAGAACAUGGACAAAGAGCACGAUUUUGUGAACGGCAUGAGCGCCACGGUGGAGUCCUAUGACAAUAGAAGCAAGUACUUGGAAGUGCUCACGCGAACAGGACAGAGGCUUGCUGUGCACAUGGUCGGCCACGAGCUUGAGGAUGGCAGGCGGGUCACUUGCUUUCCGGUCCGCCUGGGGUACGCGUGCACCAUACCGAAGGUCCAGGGCAUGACGCUUCCACAUGUGACCAUCUGGCUGGAUACAAUAGGUUGCAGGGCUGCGGCAUACGUGGCGAUGUCGAGGGUACAAAGAGACGAAGAGUACCUCAUUGCCGGUGGCCCGCUCACGCCGAGGCAUUUCGCGCCAGCACAGUGA